AUGGCAACAGAGAUAUUCGAACAAGAUGUAUUUGUAUUUUUAGAUAAACCAUCCGAUAAAGAUGAACAUGAUAAAUUAUUAGAUACUUUAUCUGAUCUUGGUGGUACAGUUGCAAGAUCUAUAAAUAAAAAGACAACCAUUGCAAUAUGUAACGAUAAUAGCUUGACUUCUGAAAUUGAAAAAGCAGAGAAACUAGAUAUUCCAGUUGUAAAGAAAGAAUUCAUCACAGAGUCUAUCACUCAAUCAAAGAGAUUAGACCCAAAGGAUUAUCUUUUAAAAAAUGAUAAGAAGAGAAAAGAUAUGGAUGGAGAUGAUACAGCAAGUGGUGCAACAACUAAUGGAGAUACAAAAGAUGAUGCAGAGUCGGCAUUGAAAAAGGCAAAGGUCGAUACAUACAAGGCGUUCGAACCAGGCUGUGUAUGGUGUGGAACUCUCAUGGAUCUAGAGGCAGGCGAAUCACAUCCAAUGUUUGUGAGAAUCUUAAAGUUUGAUGAGAAGUCGCUGACUCUUGAAGGUGAAACAGAGUGGCCAACUCUCGAGAAUUCAAAGUCAAAGUUUAGAGCGACAAUCAAAGAUGGUGUUUUGACACUAGAUGAUUAUGAACCGAUCGAUAACGACGUACUCGAACCAACCGUUUAUGUGUUGAAGAUCGUUACCAAUGCCACCAACGGCAAGGUGACACUCGACGGCAAGACCGAAGACGAAAAGUGUACCGUCAAGCUCAUGAUGUCAAAGAAAGAGAAGAUCGUUCAUCUGCCGUUCUUGACCGUUGGAAAAGAGUGUGACGGUCAGCUCGUUCAAGAUUUCGCAAUGUCUCUCAAAGUCACCGGAAGAAAGACAGAGAAGAUGCUCGAAGGUACCAUCGAUUGGACAUCAUUCUCCACAAAGACUAAAUUCAAAGGAACUGUCGAUGGUAACACCGUUAAAUUCACAGAGUAUGAAGUGAUUUCUGGUGAUGGUGUAGAUUUGCCAGUCGAAUACAACGGUCAACUACAAAGCUCAACAUCUCCCGACAGUUUGAUAACAGGUGACUACAAACUUGAGAGUGGAAUCGCUGGAAAAUUCACUUUAGAAAAAGCUUAA